AGAGAACACCGCGCCGAAGCAGACGGACGUGCGUGCGGCGCAAAUGUUACCGAGACCACGCGGGAAAUAGUUGCGUCGGACGUGACACUUAUCAAUAAAAAUAAAAUCGUAAAAAAAAUUAUUCAUUUGAAAUUAAAUAUAGGUGACUUUACCGAUAUGGGUGCGAGUGCAAGGAUUACUCUUAUGUUUCUUAUGAUUUCUGCCGCAUCAGCUGUACCAGCAGGAGAAGCGAGACAUUACGAUGACACAAGAGAUCUCAAUGCGGAAUCAUCGGAAAUCAUAUCAGAAGCAGUUUUACCCCCUGCAGCACUCAGACAAGAAGAGCAAGAUGAUGACAACGCAGCAGCAGCAGACCAGACGGACCACUCGAUAGAAUUGGUGGGCGGUUCCCAAACAUUCUUCCCCUCCUUCGCCAACCUAUUCGAUAAUCAAGACGAUCGACAGCAAAAUAACUUUAGGUUUGGCUUUGGCAACGAGGGUGCCUAUAGUCAAAGACCAAACUCAUACAGAUCUUUACUGAACUAUCCCCUCUUUGGCAACUACAGAAACUUUGAAGGAUUCGGGAAACAGAGCACUCCAACUGCAGCUCCUCUCGUCGACGCUAGUUCCAGUGUCCUUGGCUCCGGAAAUUUCGGCAUUAUCAAAGGAGGCACCUUUUUAGCUCAAAACGAUGAAGAUGAUUACAGCGAUGGCUUCAAUUCUUACUAUAACAACGGACAUGGUAGACCAUCAAUCGGAGUCGGUUACAUAGCGAACCCUAGACCUAAUUACAACCAAGAUCAAUUUGCUAACUUCAGAGAUUUUGCCGAUAUUAAUGCACCUUCUAACUCCGCUUAUUCCCACUUCGUUGUUGUCUAUGCUAAUAAAAACGCUACAAUGGAUGAGAUCAGCGAAGAAACUAGGAGAGUCGUAUCAAAGCCCAAGAACAUCAUUGAAACAUUAGAGCGACUCGAUAAAACGACUUCUCCGCCUAAAAUAUCGAAGGCUAAAGCUAAGUUAGAGGCAACGAAACAGAAAAUGUUAAAUAAAAAGGAGCAAUGGAAAAAGAAAUAUCCGAAGUCCCACAGUUUAAAGCACGACCCAGAGGAGCCAUUACUAGCAUUAAGUUAAAGUUAGAAUUAAUACAAAAAAGACUUGCAUUGCAUAAGUGAUAUAUACCAGUUGGAAAGUGUGUGACAUGCGUGUCGCCGCCUAUGUUGGGGCGUGACUAAAAAGUUCUGUGUCUAAACUAAUUUUAUGUAAGUGUCGUUUAUGUACGAUUGUGUAAGUGCUGUCCGAUGCUUGGGUGACGAAUGUAUGAAAGUGUAUGUAUGUGACGAAUAUAAAUUAAAGUAUUAAGAUCGUUUUAUGUAUUUUCUUUUCAAUGAUCCUCUUCCGCAUUAAUCAUGAUUUAAAGGGUAUUGCGACGCGCUGUUGUAAGUGGCGCAAAUGUAUUGUGAAGUCACAAUAUUUAACUAGUUCAUUUAACUAAUGAAGACCUCGUUAAUGUUAAAAGCAUUCGUGCUUAAAUAUUAUAACCACGAAGGUUCACUCGAGAGAAAGUUUUACUUGUAUAUUAAUCAUUCCAGUUCAGUAUAAAGUUUAUUAUAGAUCUAGGUUUCAAGCUUCAAGACUUGAUUAGAACAUUUCUGGGGCCAUUAAGUAAAUUUGCAAGCUUCGAUAAAGUAGUACAUGUUUAUGCAUCAUACUACCUAAUUUCAUGAAAGGUAACAAAAUGUUUAAUUAUAUUGUAACUAAAAUAAAUGUAAUUUUUAAACAUGGUAGCCAUUUUGUUGCACAAACUAAACUAAAUUUAGUUUCAAUCCUAUCAAAUUAAAUUUUCAAUUCCGUAAAUAACUUAGAUAACGGAAGUAAACUUAGUAUAGGUAAGUAUUCAGUAUAUUAAUAUAAAACUAUGUAGGUACAUAAAUAACUAGGUAGAUAACAUUAAAAUUAAAUAUUUAUAAUUUAGUUUUUCUAAACUACUCUCUAGUGGUAUAAAAGAAUUGGCACCGAUGUUGAUCCUCUUUAAAUAUUUGUAAAUUUCAAUGUUUUAUGCAGUACCUAAAAUGCUGCAUAAACAAUGAAGAAGUUUCAUGAAGUUGAUAUUAUUUAACACAAUAUAAUAAAAAUAUAGGUCAAAACUAAAAUAAAUCUGAACAAAACAAAAUUAAAAUCCAUUAAUAAAUGACUUAGUUAUAGAUUAUUUA